CCUGUCAAAUAUUGUGUAUAUGUGUACUGCGUACUUACUAACAUUGGUAUAUGUAUAUCAUUUGAGUACUGGAUCAAGUCUUUUGUUUACCAAUUACUCGGGCAACUAAGAAAAUUAUAAUGAGUGACGAUGAUCGAGACAUCGACAUUGAGAGUGAUGAAGGCGAUGAUUCUGACUCCAGGCAAAGGCAUUCAAAUAAUACUCAAUAUUAUUCCCAAGCAGAGAAACGUGCCCAUCAUAAUGCCUUGGAACGUAAACGCAGAGACCACAUUAAAGAUAGUUUCUCGAGUCUUAGAGAUUCUGUACCUGCAUUGCAAGGGGAGAAGGUUGCGAGUAGAGCACAAAUACUCAAAAAGGCUGCUGAAUAUAUACAAUUCAUGCGCCGUAAAAAUUCUUCCCACCAACAGGAUAUCGAUGACUUGAAACGGCAAAAUAAUCUCUUGGAGUCUCAAAUUCGGGCGCUUGAAAAAGCAAAGAUGACAGGCAAUUUUGCAGCAGAAACUUGCGAGGUCACAAAGUCAGAAGGUGUACCUAUGUCGGGGUACAAUGAUACAGAAUCUGAAUCAUCUGAUAGCGAAGCAAGCAGGACUGUGCGUCAAACGAAAAAGCUAAAAGUCGGAGGUCUUCAUCAUUGACCAAUACUUUGAUUCGGUUUUUGUUUUUAUAAAAACUAUUUUGGUUCACAGUUCAACUCCAUAUAAAUAUUUAUUUAAAAAAAGAAAAAAGGAGGAGAGCAAUUGCUCACUGAAGUACAAAGAAAUCUUUCAGUGAAGUUUUGAAUGUUUUAGAGCCAGUGUACAAAAAUAUACAAAGUAUAGGUAAUAUUAUUGUUUAACUAAAAAA